AUGAGGAUGCUGAAGAGAGCCUCUGCAAUCAUCCUGAGAAGAGGAAUUACAAUUUAUCAGAGCAGAGUGGGCAGAAAUGAUAGCCUUUUCAGGGUUCAUCCAUCUGUAUCACAGGCGCUGGCAGAAAACAAACCAGUGGUCGCACUCGAGAGCACUAUUAUCACACAUGGCAUGCCCUAUCCACACAACCUGAGCACAGCGAAGGAGGUGGAGGCCAUUGUGAGAGCUGAAGGAGCCACUCCAGCCACUGUUGGAGUGAUUGAGGGUGAAGUCCAUGUUGGUCUGUCAGCAGAGGAGCUUGACCACCUCGCCCGUUGCAAGAGCUCCCUGAAGGUGUCCCGCCGUGAUCUGCCAUAUGUCAUCAGCAACGGUCUCUCCGGGGGAACGACAGUGUCAGCCACUAUGAUAGCAGCACAUCAAGCUGGCGUCCCUGUGUUUGUCACAGGAGGCAUUGGAGGAGUUCAUAGAGAUGGAGAGAACAGUCUGGACAUCAGUGCAGAUCUGACGGAGCUCGGGAGGACUCCCAUUGCAGUGAUCUCUGCUGGCGUCAAGUCUAUUCUGGACAUUGGUCGCACCCUCGAGUUCCUUGAGACGCAAGGAGUCUGCGUAGCCACUUAUGGAGCGAUGAAGAACUUCCCAGCCUUCUUCUCUCCACAAAGUGGAUUCACUUCUCCAUACCAAAUCUGUAACCCUGAGGAGGCUGCAAAACUCAUUGCAAGCACUCUGACACUGGGUCUCCAAAGUGGUGUCCUGUUAGCAGUGCCCAUACCAGAGGAGCACGCAGCAGCCGGCCAGCAGAUAGAGGAAGCCAUACAGGCUGCAGUAACAGAGGCAAGUGCUAAAGGUAUAACAGGAAAAAAUGUGACUCCGUUCAUUCUUCAAAAGGUUAAUGAGCUGACUAAAGGAAAGUCCCUUCAGGCCAACAUUGCUCUCAUUCAUAACAAUGCUAAAGUUGGCAGUCAGAUAGCUUGUGCGCUGUCAAAACAAAUGCAUGAGAGAAAGUUAAAGGGUAAGACUCAUCAUCAUGAAAAACACUCAUCAGACUCAGAAUCAGACAUUGUUGUCAUAGGGGGAAUAAAUGUUGAUUUUAUUGCUAAAGGAAAAACAAAAGCACUUCAUUUCGGACAGACCAACCCAGGAAGUGUCUGUCAGUCAUUUGGUGGUGUAGGCCGGAACAUUGCUGACUCUCUGAGUCGAUUAGGCCGUAGACCCCUGUUCAUCUCAGCUAUUGGAACUGAUUCACACAGUGAUGCAGUGUUAAACUAUUGUAAACAUAUGAACACAAGUGGUGUGGCCCGACUAGAAAAGCAAAGCACAGCUACUUACUGUGCCGUUAUCACUGAGAGUGGAGAACUGAGUCUUGGAUUGGGAGACAUGGACAUCCAUCAGCAAAUCACAGAGCAGCAUGUGUCACAGUUUGAGAAGCAGCUUUCAUCAGCCAUUCUUGUGUGUCUCGAUGGAAACAUACCUGUCUCCACCAUCGACUACGUUUGUUCCAUAGCCACUAAACACAACAUCAGUGUUUGGUAUGAGCCAACAGAUUCAGAAAAGGCUUGUAAGCCUUUCCUUUCAGAUGCCUGGAAGUCUCUGUCCUAUGCAUCCCCAAACCUGGCAGAGUUGUGCACCAUGAACAAAACACUGGGUGUUCCAACACCUGAAGUGCUGCCAAGCUCUUUUGACGACAUACUGAGUGUUGGUGUAGCUCUCGCACGCCCCCUUCUGGAGCAUCUUCAUUGUCUGGUGGUGACUCUGGGGGCUGAAGGGGUGUUGGUGUGUGGAGAGCAUGAUGCAGGCUCGGUCAACCUGCAGCCAAGAAAAAAGAAGAGGAGGAGGCAGCUUUGUGCUCUCCAUUACCCAGCAAUUACUGUGACAGCAGAAGAGACAAUGAAUGUGUCAGGAGCAGGAGAUAGUCUUGCAGGUGCCUUAAUGGCUGGGAUUCUUCAGCGGCGAGACACAGACAGCUGUGUUCGGAUGGGGCUCAUGGCUGCACGGCUGUCCCUGGCGUCAUCGCACCCCAUCGCCCCUACGCUCACCUUAGCCUCUGUGGAUCCCAUCAAAGUCCAGAGUCAGUUCUGGCCCAAACCCAGCUUCAUGUGGAUAGAUUAAAAAUAUUUUCAAUUUUGAAAAAUUACUUCAGGUCAAUUGUGAUUAGAUUCUUGCAUGUAACUAAUACGAAGUGACUAGUACAAAGUACGAAGAUGACACAUUUUACAAAAAAAAAAACAUGAAAUCCUAAUUAUAUUUGAUAUUUUAAAUUGUUCUGUAAUAACUGAUAUCUUGCAAAUAAAAAUAAAUGAACCAUUUUUUCUAAUCUUUGCUUGAGACAGCUAAAUCUUUGUAAAUAAAUUUUGAA